AUUCCAAUAAUUUUGUUGUCAUAUAAUUUGAAUUAAUAGCUAUUAAUUACUAACAAUUGUAAAAAAAUUUUUUAAUUUGUAAGUUUUAAUUAUUUAAUUAAGUUUUAAUUUUUAAUUUAUAAAGUUAUUUACAACAACGUUUCUACGCCAUUAUUCUGAUAAAAUUGCAGAAUUGAUGUACGAUUAAACAGAUAAGAGCAAUCCAGAUAACAUUUAGAGAUAGGAUUUAUCUGUACAUUGCGUUCAAGUCAAGUGAGAAGGAAUUCCACUAUCACAAGAGGAAGUGUUCUUAGUUAAGCAGUUAGAAUAUAACUUGACAGAACAUAAAAAUCAUGUGAUACUCAAGUUAUUUGUCUAAUAGUCAUAUUAUAAAAUGAAAUGUUCUCGCAAUGCAAAUGGAUCUUAAUAUACAACACCAUAGUUAUUAUAUUGCUUUUACAUUCUACUACAUGUGUAACAGAUUCAAAGAAUGUGGUAAAAUUCGCCGGGAUUGUAAAAAAUAUUGUAGUAUAUGCUGUGGAGGAUGAAAAUUCUUUUCAAAGUAACAGUACAACAAAAUCAUUAAAACUGAAUGUGUCCUGGAUGCCACCAGAUGAGGGAAGACAACCUUCUUGGUACAGAAUUGUAGUUACAAGUAUACCAAAGAAUAAAUCAGAAUGUAAAGAAGGUUCUGCAUUCUAUAUCAUACAGAAUAUAACUCAACUUAGUUUGUUAGUGCCAAAAGAAUUAAACAGCAUGCCAGAGAGUAUACAAAUUCAUCCAAAUUGUACAUAUAAGAUACAAGUACAUGCUUAUCCAAGAGUUAAACCUGAAGGAAAAUUAUCAGAGGUCAUUUACACGGUUCCAGAAUGUGUAGGGCGUAAGUGCUGCGCGGGAGCAAAAGACACUUUGCCAAUUCCAACAGUGGAAGCAAUUCAAAUGACGGGGAAAGUAAUUAUAAAUUGGUAUGUUAGAUCAAAUUCUAACGUUCAUUCCUAUGCGAUUAGCAUUGGCACACCAUUAUUCACGUCGAACGCAGGACACUCGGUGUAUAAUAUCACACGUAUAAGUAACGUAACUUCUACAAUAAAUACUUUUACUUGGAAUUCAAGACUUCACAAUCAGUAUAUACAAGAAAAAAAUAGUUACAAGAUAUUUGUAGAGGCAAUAGAUCACCGAGGUUGUUUGGGAACUCGAGGAGAUUUUACUAUCAACACGACGUCCUAUGGAAAUAUCAUAUGGAUAUUUAUUGGUGUUAUUAUUUGUAUUACAAUAUUAGGAUUUGUCAGUCAGUAUUUUGUUUCACUGUACAAUAAGAAUGAUCAAUAUCAACUUCUACAGCUGCCCAGAAUUUUACGAAGGAGACAAACAAUGUCUGAACUUUCUGACUGCAAACUACAAUGGCCUGAAGAGACAUGUUGCAAAGUAUAUGAAAACAAUAAUGAAUUCGAAAUCUCAUAUAAAUGCAUAAGUCUCCAGCAUGAAUUAGGAAAAGGACAGUUUGGUAGAGUAUAUCUUGGCACUUUAAACAAUAAUAUGGAUACAUUGGUAGCUGUUAAGAUGUCACAGUGUUCUGAUACAACCAAUGAGCCUGAAGCCCGACGUCAGCUAUUAGAAGAAAUUGAAACAAUGAAAACAGCUGGCCCUCAUCCAUAUCUAGUGGGCCUUAUAGGCUAUUGCACUUCUCCUGAUGAUCCUAUAUGUAUACUUUUAGAGUAUAUGGAAGGUGGAAAUUUGCUUGCAUAUUUGCAUUCCAGAAGAAAGAUGGAGCCAAAUGUAAUACCUCUAUGCAACUUUGAGAAGCCUGUUUCUAGAUAUGUAAACAUUAUUAAGGAAGACAGAUUCAAAGAUGAAGAUUUACACUAUAAAAUUGAGAAGCAGCAGUUUGUAGAAUUUGCACUCAAUAUUGCAAAAGGAAUGGAACAUUUAGAAUCUAAGGGAAUUACACAUAGGGAUUUAGCAGCAAGAAAUAUCCUUCUUACUUUGGAUCUGACGCCGAAGAUUUCUGAUUUUGGCUUGUCACGAAAUGGAAUAUAUGUGAUAAAUAAUACAGGCAAAGUUCAUCAACUUCCAAUACGUUGGAUGUCACCAGAAGCUGUACGUGAUCAUAUUUUCUCUUCCAAAAGUGAUGUGUGGUCAUUUGGCAUUGUUCUCUGGGAAAUUGGAACUUUAGGUUCAUUUCCAUAUCCUAACAUAAAGGAUGAGGACUUGCUACAUUAUUUAACACAGGACAAAUGUCGUCUAACCUGUCCUGACACUAUUUCUUAUGACAUAUAUGAGAUCAUGUGCUCUUGUUGGAAAACUGCGCCACAGGGAAGACCCAGUUUUGCACAACUUGUUUUAGACCUGCAAAUACUAAAAGAAUCCUUAUAUUCUGUACAUGAUGCGAGUAAUCCUUGUUACAUGUUACUAUCACAAUAGUUUUAAAGUAUUUAUAGAAUUGUAUUUAUCUUUACAUGCAAUAUACAAAAUCAAAGUACAAUCUAACAACUCUUAGGAUAGGUUAUGAAAUGUCUCAUACCAGAUGUAACCAAUUUAUAUAAAUUCAUGCGACAGAACUUGUUUUUAUGUGAUAAAACAAUGAAAAUUAAUAAUGAGAAUACACAUAUUGCUUGCAAGAAGAUAUGGCCUUGCCAGAGAACAGCAUAUUGAAUUAGAAUAGUGCCCACAUCUGAGAACACAGUGAACACUUUGUAACAAGGUUAUAGUUAAAAAGAAA